AGGCUCCAGUACGAACAGUUCUUUUUUAGCCGCGGAGCCAGUAAGACGUGUUUCCUGCCCUCAUUCUUUGAGUCUGCGACACGUUUUAAGUGCUCUUCCCCAAUUGACAACAACAGCAAAACGAAAAACAACAAAUUAAUGCCAUCGCGAGAAAAGUUGUUUGUGUUUUUAAAUCAGUUCUGAACACGAAAAAGCUUGAUGAAAAACGCAAAAGAAUCCGAAAAACUAACCAAACCAUCGAAUACUUGACUUGAGUGUUGCUUGACAAAUCAAGAAAAAAAGAAAAGAAGAAAAAACAAACCAUAACAAAAAACUGCACGAAAAAUGCAAAAGUUUCUAAUAUUCAAAAUCUUGCGCAAGAAAUACAAAAUCAAUUAAAGUGAACUCUAACCAAAAAGUUAAACGAAGAAAUAAAACAAAACAAACCAGCAAAGAACAAUCAGAAGAAGAGCAAAGUGCAAGCAAAGAACAGGAAGGAAGGAAACGGAUAAGGACAAAAAGGAACCCAGCUCUCACACACACACACCACCACAAUGGCCGUGCCCUUUUAUUUGCCCGAGGGCGGCGCCGAUGACGUAGCUUCGAGUUCAUCGGGAGCCUCGGGCAACUCCUCCCCCCACAACCUCCCACUUUCCUCCAGCGCAUCCUCCACUGCCUCCUCCUCGGGCGUGUCCUCCGUCUCCUCGGCCUCGUCCUCGUCGUCCUCUUCCGCAUCUUCGUCCUCGGACGGGGCCAGCAGCGUUGCUUCGCAAUCGCCGAACACCACCACCUCGUCGGCCACGCAGACGCCGAUGCAGUCGCCUCUGCCCACCGACCAGGUGCUCUACGCCCUAUACGAGUGGGUCAGGAUGUACCAGAGCCAGCAGAGCGCCCCGCAAAUCUUCCAGUAUCCGCCACCGCCGAGCCCCUCUUGCAAUUUCACGGGCGGCGAUGUGUUCUUCCCCCACGGCCAUCCGAAUCCGCACCCGCGCACACCCCGCACCAGCGUGAGCUUCUCCUCCGGCGAGGAGUACAACUUCUUCCGGCAGCAGCAGCCACAGCCACAUCCGCCGUAUCCGGCGCCAUCGACACCGCAGCCAAUGCCACCGCAGUCAGCGCCGGCGAUGCACUGCAGCCACAGCUACCCACAGCAGUCGGCGCACAUGAUGCACCAUCACUCCGCCCCCUUCGGGAUGGGCGGUCCCUACUAUGCCGCCUACACGCCGCCACCCACUCCGAAUACGGCCAGUGCGGGCACAUCCACCUCGUCGGCGGCCUUCGGCUGGCACGGCCACAUCCAUAGCCCCCUUUUGUCGACGUCCACGCCCCUGUCGGCGCCAGUGGCGCCCAAGAUGCGCCUGCAACGCAGCCAGUCGGAUGCGGCCAGACGCAAGCGAUUGACCUCGACGGGCGAGGAUGAGCGCGAAUACCAGAGCGACCAUGAGACCAGUUGGGAUGAGUUUGGCGAUCGCUACGACAACUUUACAGCCGGACGGGAGCGGCUCCAGGAGUUCAACGGACGUAUUCCACCCAGGAAGAAGAAGAGCUCCAACAGCCACUGCAAUGGUACCAAUAAUCCAGUCUGCCAGAUCAGCAACAGCCAGCCCAGCAAUGCCUCGUCCGAUGCGGAGGGCAAUGCCACCAAUAGCAAUAGCAGUCAGCAGCGGCAGGUGGAGCGGGAACGACAGAAGGCGAAGGCCGAGAAGAAGAAACCACAAAGCUUCACUUGGCCAACUGUUGUGACCGUUUUCGUUUUGGCCAUGGGCUGCGGCUUCUUUGCGGCGCGAUGAAACCGCGUGGACGAUCGAUCUAUAGUGAAAUCAGCUAGUGCUUAAGUUAUAUGCCGAUCUAUGUCUAUAUAUAGAUAUAGCCAAACCGUAAAUAAGUGCAACGAAUUUAUUGAGCUGCUAAUUCCGGAAGCAGAAAGUCAUUAAUUCGUAAACGGAUUGUUAUAUAUAUACGAGAAUAUACAGCCAGAGUUAAGAUUAAGAAGGUUGACGGGACACAAGAACAAUAUAUAUAUAUAUUCUAUCUGUCUAUGGUGAACUGCAUUUGUAUUUCUAAAUCGAAACGAAACAGAUCUUUCCUCAAAACUGCUCAAAGUAACGAAAACUCUUAGACUGGCAAGAGACUCAAAUCACACUUAUAUUUUGCUGCUGCUGAUGCAUAUUUUUGUACAACCUUUUGAGAGAGAUAUAUACAAAUUAUACAAGUACAAAAACAAAAAACAGAAAACAGAAUGGAAAACUGCCAACUUUUGAGAUACUUUUGAUAAUCUUUGAUUUGCAUUUAAUCAUUUCCAAACAAACACACUUGCAUUUUCUUAGAACAAACAAACAAAAUUACUUUCAUUUGUAGAACAAAGUAAACUGCAAUUUCAAUGUCUUCGCAUUUGUAAUUCCGAAUUGCAAGCAAAACAAAAAUUAUAUAUAUUUUAAAUAUGUUUAACUAGUAGAAUUUUUUAAACGUAAGUCCACAAAAAAAUCACACACCUAGCUUUAAUUGUUAAAACAAAAGCAGAAAAAACGCAACAAACAAACAAACAAACAAAAAAAUGAAUGAAAAAUCAUUAAAUUAAUUUUGUAUAUAGUUUUUAUGCCAUUUUUGUGAUGUUUUGUGUCUACGGUUUAUGUCAUGUUAUUUUAGUUAAAUUUCUUAUGAUUUAUGUUUAUGUGUAACGUUUUUUUUGUCAUUGUUUGUUCAUCAUCAUAUUCAAAUUGGUCUCACAAUAUACAUAUAUAUUAGGUAAUAAGCUCCACGCCCAGGAAGUUGAUGGCAAAACGAUUGAAACUUGGCCAGGAGAGAGAUGGUUUUCCCAUUCUUACACAGUCUUUUUUGGAAUGCACAUAAAUGAUCUCUCACAAUGGAAAUUAAUGCAAAUUGAUCUCCACAGCUAGCCAAAGUAAAACAAAACAAGAAAUGAAAACAUAUUUUAUAGGCAAUUUUCACUAUUUGCUUAGAAUUUCCAGGGCGUUUCAAUGCUAAUCGAAUACCGUGACAUGAAAGCAAACAUAGCGACAAAUAUUAAGAGAAAAUCAAUCAAAAAGAAAGAAAAAACAAUUCCCAAAAAUCGCAUUGAUCUCAUGGAUUUAUACAAUACAAAUACAUCAACCGUUUUUUACAAUGAGAAAUGUUAUAAAAAGCAGCAAGUGAAACAGAGAAACAGAAACAAAAAUUAACGAAAAGUCUAGGAUAAGUUUCGCCAAGCGUUUUAGUUCUACAUUCUAGAGUGUCUAAGUCGGUUUAGUGCGUUUAUUGAGUUUAUUUGUAUAUAAAGCAAUAUUAUUUGUUUAGCCUAAGUGACGAUCCCAAUCAAAGACCCAAUCCAGUUCCCCCCACGACAACUCCCAGCCAAGCAAUAGAAAACUUGUAUCAAUCUUAAUUUGAAUUACCACAAAAACAGAAAACAAAAACAAAAACUACAUCCAUAUACCCAAAAUGAAAAAUUAUUUUUGUAAAUUUUUUGCAUCAAAUGAACUGGGGAAAUGUGAGCCAUGGAAUUUUCCUGGCUCCUUCCUCGGUUCAUUGCUAAUUAGUUUUCACAAUGAUCUCGGUAAAGUUUUGUGGCCUUGAGUCCGGAAAUCUGUUUAAGAUUUCUGGCUUGCCAUGAAUACUCGAACAAAAAGUUAAAGAAAAACGAAGCAAAUGGAUAAAAAAUCAGAAUGAAAAGCACACAAGAAAUUUAUAUUUUUGACCCAAUGCGACUUAAUCCGUUUUUAAAUUUAAGUAUCUUUACUCGACCUUGUAUAUAGCGCAGUUCGAAUCAUAGAAUCAAAUGCCAUUUUUUGUAUAGAAUUUUGUUUGGUGCCAAAACAGUGACAGCUAAAUGUCUAUGAUCACACACACACGUGUAUUUCGCAUAUUAUACAUUUACAUACAUACGCUAUCGUAAACUUCGAUCAUAAGUUUUGAUUCAGCACUUUUUGUCAAUUCAGUUUAAGAAAACAUUUUCUGUCUUAGUUUUAUGUUCGAGAGCAGAAAACACUUUGUUUAAUUGUACAUUUUUUAUUAUGCUGUAAUAUUUUAAUAUACAUAAAUAUCAUUACUGAUCUCAUGAAUAUGUUCAUAAGACAACAAAAAUUAUAUAUAUAUAUAUGAAUACAUCUAUGUGUAUGUGUACAUGAAAUAAAAACGCAUAAAUAUUAUGUAAGAUUUACAGAACAAGUGAAAAUAAAAGAAAAAAAUGUUUGAAAACAAAAGAUAGUUGUUUUAAAUAAA